CUGUUGCAUGGGAUUAGACAAGACAGAAGAGGGAGCUCCUUGCAGCUGGUUUGUUGGCCCGUAGCUGUGAAUCGCACUCAGAGUGCAAACGGGAUCUAGCUCGGUAAGAGGCGCCCUUUCACUGGCAAAUCUGACAGAGCCAGCAAACCUGUCACCAAGUUCCAGCGAAAGUCCCCGGUCGCCUCCUCCCGCAGACCUCGGGUUCAGUCAGAACAGCCUAGCCCAAUAUAAUUGCUGGUCUUCUUGAUGAGUAACGGAGAAAGAAGCACUCUCGGAAGCUACCGGAGUCAGCAGCAAAGAGCAGAGGGCACCAAGAAGUCUCUCGGAAAGGUCAAAGGUGUGGCUUAUACACCCUACUUCACUGGAGGCAGAUGGAGUCAAAUACUGGCACCAACCCCUUUGGCUGGAGUUUGACUUCUAAGAAACUUCACUUCGUGUUUUUGCACUUUUUGAGAAUCCUCAACAAAAACGCUUCUAGACCCUUAAGUAAUUGUACAGCUUACUUUUCCAGUUUGGUCUGUGAGCUUCCCUUGUGGAAGGGUUUCCGGUCUCUCGGGAGGACAUGCAAGAAGUGUACCAGCUGUUUCCUCCCGUCUCAAGCAUGGUGGUUUAAAAGGAGAAAGUAAUCAAAGCAUUAUGUUUUAUUCAUUUUGUCUGUAAUCCUCAACAGGGUUGAUAACAAGUGCUCAAAAUAUGCUCUUUCACUGAGUGAAGAAAGAGGCAAAGCAAAUCUUACAAGUUUAUAAAAAUCCUAGCACUUUGCCUCUAGAAAAUCGGGCUUCAAAGUCAUCAUUAUGAUAUUGCGAUGGCCUAUGGGUAUUACUGCAUUAAGAAAAACUUUAAAUUAUGAAAUGCUUAAAAAUGGGAUAUGGAGACAGUGCCUGACCGUAGCAGAUCAAAGUGCAAUGAUCACUGACGAAAAAUAAUGUAUGGCAGCGGUGGGAUUCGAACCCACGCCCCCGAAGAGACUGGAGCCUUAAUCCAGCGCCUUAGACCGCUCGGCCACGCUACCUUCCGUUAGCAAACACUGAAGGCAUUUCAUGUACCGUUUACGCUCUCUCUUGCUUCCGGUUUAAUGUUCACUCUGAUUCAUGUACUUGCAGUUUUAUUGGGUUCAUAUCUUUCUGUUUCCUCUCAUUCCUAGUUUGCUUUGAUUUCUUCCUUCUUUUAAGCCACAAAGGUUGAGACUGGCGGAAACAGCUGGUACACGUUUUACACGUCCUCCCGAGAAACCGAAAACUUUUGUGGGGUUGGCACAAACUGGUUGCUGAGGUGAGUCGGGACCUUUUCCUGCCUUGGGCGCCUCCUCUUGGAGGAAGCCACGUGAAGUCAGAGCAAAAGAUGUAAAGGGACUCUUACCCCUGAUGAUAAUAAUGGUGAUAAUUUUCCUGCUGAUUCUAUUCUGGGAAAACGAGCUGUAUGAGGAAGUAGCGGAGUCAACCAUAGAGCACUUGCAUGUGGACUACCCUCAGAGCAACAUCCGUGUAAGGUACUGUAACCACAUGAUCUUCCAAAGAAUCAUCAAGGAACCUGAUAACACCUGCAAGAAGGAGCAUGUCUUCAUCCAUGAGAGGCCUCGCAAAAUCAAUAGUGUUUGCACUUCUCCCAAGAAGAUAGCUUGCCAAAACCAUUCCAGCACUUUAUGCUUCCAGAGUGAGACAAAGUUCAAAAUGACGGUCUGUAAGCUCACUGAAGGUGUCAGGUAUCCUGCAUGCAGGUACCACCUUUCCCCCACAGAGGGGUUCAUUCUGGUCACUUGCGACAAUACGGGGCCAGUCACUUUUCAGAGAUAUGUUGACUAACUUGAGACCAGCGCCUUGGGUCUGAGAUCCUCUCUUGUCCUCUGUCAGGGGCGCUGGCGCUGGUUCUUUCUGAUGUGCACUUGAGAUGUGGACGUAGGGGAAAGCCUGGAAUGAAAUGGGUAGCCACUGGUAACUCAGUUAUCCUUCCAGUAUUGCCAAGCUGGAAUCUUCUUACUCUGCUUCAGCUAUAAAACUAUAAAACUGAAUUAAACCCAAAACUGCAUGUGUUUCAAUUUCUUAUUCCUUUUCUUUGUGUCACUUGAUGAGAACCCAGAGUGUAUCUGGUGCAGGACUGGGAUGAGGAUAAGGUGAGUGAGGCACUCACUUCACAUGCAAAUUUUAAGGAACACCCUCCCUCCCCCAAGUAAUCUAGAUAAAUAAUAUUUUUCAAAAAUCCAAAUUAAUGCAAAAAUCCCUGAUGAACAAAAUACCUGAAUUUUAAACCAAGGCCCAAUCUGACAGGGCUGGAUUUAGGGUGA